AGUGUAAACUGUACAAAUAGUUGUGCGUGUCCACUGUCCAGGAACUAUAUUUUAUACACGCCGUAAACACAGAGCAAUAACGUGCUUUCUUUCUGUCGUGCCAAUUUCCGCUGUGUGCACGUAUAGAGCUGUGUAACUUGGUCUGUGUGUGUGUGUGUGUGUGCUGUUUGUAAUAGCUGCAGCUCAACUAGUGUCCAGUACUGGUCGUAUUAAUUUGUGUAGCUAGCUUUACCAGUACUGGUUUUGAUAAUUUGUACAGCUGUCUGACGUAGAACUAGCAGCUGUAACCCCGUUAAAUAAUAUUCCGCUAGUUAGCUUUUAAGUACAUAGUUUGCUCUCACUAGUACAGUCAGUGUACACCAGCCAUGGACGCCAGCACUCCUAGUUGUUCCAAGAUGAGUGUGUCGCGCGACAAGAAGAAACAGGAGUCGCAGAAGCCGCGACACAUGAAAGUGCCUGAGAGAGGGUCGCGGAGUCUAGAGAACUCGCCCCGACCGCCCCGCGUACAGUUGAGACAAUCUACCAGUGUUGGUGAAGACACGAGAUCAGGAUCACUACCUCUUCAGAGACCAUCUAAUCUGGGUUUAGGUGGAUCUCCCGCUCUCUCCCCCACUUCCCCCAUGCUUUCAUCCACCUCUCCGAUUGUAUCUCCUACCUCUCCAGCUCUACCCAACGUGACCCUCCCUCACCAGAGUAUGCCCCAGCGCAGCUCCACAGGCCCUAGCAUAGAGCCAUUCUCUUCUUCACACAGCAUAGUUAGGAGUAAAAGUGCUGAGUUUGUGAGAGGUCGAAGUGCCACCUGUCCUCCCCUUACCUCUCAGCGCUCUCAUAUCACCACUCAGCGUGGUACUCCUGACUCAUUUGACAACUGGCUAAAGUCUGCUAAACAUGCGAUGUUACCUAAUACAAACCCCAAGAGUAGGGAGCACGACUUUCACAAGCUCUUCAAAUCCCUUCCCGAGGGGGAAACCCUCAUACAAGAUUUCUCGUGUGCUUUGUUAAGAGAUAUACUAGUUCAAGGACGACUGUACGUGUCUCAGAACUGGUUCUGUUUUUAUGCUAACAUUCUCGGAUGGGAAACUCUCCUGACGAUAGAAGUGAGCAGGAUUACCUCAAUUAAAAAAGAGAAAACAGCCCUAGUGAUCAACAACGCUAUCUCAAUCUCUACAAACGAGGAGAAAUACUUCUUCUCCAGUUUUAUGUCACGUGACAGCGCGUAUAAUCACAUGUGCGGUAUCUGGAGACGACCAGUUUCAAGAGAGCUGGCAGCAGAAGUAGAUGGACUCGAGCUGGAGGAGUCAGAACACGCAGAAGAUAACUCAGAUAGCUACAUCUCAGAGGAUGACGAUGCAUCCUCAGAUAUACAACAAGUCAACUCUUUUCCUCACCCUGCUCUUGGAAUCGUGCCCUCUGAUCAUGGACCACGCGCUACGGAAGCUAUAUCGUUUAAUGAAGAGGAUGACACGUGCGCUUGUGUGUCUCACUAUGACAACGAACAUCUUAACCAGGAGUUUGAUCUCAGUAUAGAGAAGCUGUAUAAAUCUCUAUUCAAUGACGAAUCUGUAGUACAGUCCAAGAUGAGAACCCUAUUAAAAGCCGAGGACUACGAAGCUACCUCCUGGCACGACUCUGAAGAGGGGGCUAGCGAGCGGACACUAACUUACCGUGUACCACUCAACGCUAACUUGGGUCCUAAAUGGGCUGAGGUCAUUGAAAAACAGGUGCUGACUACAACCAGUGUAGCUGCUAAAUGUUAUGUUAUAAACUGCGAAGUAACCAAUCCCAACGUCCCGUACGGAGACAAGUUCAACAUAGUGAAACGCUACUGUCUGACGCGCGGUAGAGACAACACUUGUAAACUCAGACUCACCAGUGAUGUGCAGUACAAGAAGGGAGUCUGGGGCAUGGUCAAAUCUAUAAUAGAGAAGAACAGUAAAGAAGGAAUAAAGGAGUACUGUGAAGAUCUGUGUAUGUGUCUUCAGGAAGAGAGCGCAGGACCGGGUAUCAAGAUAAGGAAGUCAGCAGUUUCCGGAGGAGCUCACACCUCCGCCGCAUCUACCAGACUCCCACGUGCACGGUCUCACGCCGCGCUCCCUGACAACCAGUCUCGCGCCACAACCGCUGUCUCUUUCGUUACUGACAACUACAUUGCCUUCGUGCUUCUCAUGAUGGCAGUGUUAAUGGUGUUGAACCUGGUACUAGUCUACAGACUAUCUUCUAUCACCAGCAGCUGUAACAACCAGUUUGAUAUACUCAGCAGUUUACCGCAAAGCGAGGAGGGCAAGUCAGAGUGGAUCAGGAUACUAUCUCAACAACAAGAUCUCCACAAAAAAGAAAUACAACGCUGGCAAGACGUCCUCAGGUGGAUUUCCAAGCUAGUAUCUGAAGUGCACGGUUCUCUCGAAAAGUUACAAAAGUCCUCCAUUUACAUGGGCAGUUCUGGUUACCAUGACACCACUGGCAGUAACUGGGAUACUUCAGACAAAACAGAUUUGUAAAAACGGAGAUUUUAGUCCUGCUGCACACGAGACACUUCUAAUUGUUGAGAACUAGAUCAGUAAUCACCAUGGUAACCAGUAAUCGCUGUUACCGUGGUUAUGGCUGUGGUUCUGUAAUCCGACAAGAAGUGUGUUGCCUCCCCCACCCUAACCACCAGUAUGCUAGUGUGUCAUUUAUGUGCCAUCAUUGACACUCCAACUUUCAUUCGAUUUCAAUUUUAAUUCUUAAAAAGGUUCGUUGAUGAUAUUCACUAGCCAACCUAGUACUUUUACGGGACAAUUUGUGUUAAUAAUUGUGUGAUCAUUACAUUGGUUUAUUAAUUUAUCAAGAUUUUUGCUUGUUGAGGAAGCUGACUUUCAUAACUGUGUUGAUUUUUGUACAUUUGUUAAAUUAUUUAUUGAACAAAACUGAGCUUUUAUUCGUCACAAGACGCUGAAAUUCGCUGAUGAAUGAUAAAAUAUAUUUGAGGGAGAUUGUUCGAGAAUGACUUUGUAACAAUUAGAUAUUUGAGAGGGCUCAAAUUUAGGGACACUGUACGAGAUUGACUUUGUAAUACAAUUGUAUAUUUUACCCCCGACUAUGUAAAUACCCCAUAGAUAAAUAAGAGAUUUGAGUCAACAUUGCCCAAUGCCCAUAAUGCUGAAGCUUGACAAAACUAAGUUUUAGGGAAGUAUGGAUUAUAAUCACGGAUUUAACAAAAAAGAGAAACUAUCAUGUACGAUAUGGAAGGGUUGUGUGAUUUUAUAACUUUGAUUUGAAACCUGUACAGUGAA